GUUUUUUUCCCGGUUCCCUCCGACUAUUUCAGCCGCCUCGUUUUAGGGUUUUAUACAAACACAUUCCUUCAAUUGCAGCCGAUUACUAUCCCUUCUUCCAACUCUUUCUUUAUCCUUUCACAGUCGCCGCUUCCCUCCGUCGCCGCCCUACUACGCCAAAUCAAAAUUUCCAUCACGCAGUCGACUUAUGUUUUAGUUUUGUUGCAAAUAACUGGAACUAUGGCUGUUGAAGUUGAUGUGGUAAACCAGGAACUGACCCAGCCUCAUCAUGAUGUGAAGCUGUUCAAUCGGUGGACCUUUGAUGAUGUCCAGGUGAAUGACAUCUCUCUGGUUGAUUACAUUGGGGUUGCACCUGCCAAGCAUGCGACCUAUGUUCCCCACACCGCCGGGAGGUACUCUGUCAAGCGCUUUCGAAAAGCUCAGUGCCCAAUUGUGGAGAGGCUCACAAAUUCACUGAUGAUGCACGGCCGAAACAAUGGGAAGAAACUCAUGGCUGUCAGGAUCAUUAAGCAUGCAAUGGAGAUUAUUCAUCUUCUAACUGAUCUCAACCCAAUUCAAGUCAUCGUCGAUGCCGUUGUCAACAGUGGACCACGUGAAGAUGCUACUCGAAUUGGUUCAGCUGGUGUUGUUAGGCGUCAAGCUGUGGAUAUAUCCCCACUGCGACGUGUUAACCAAGCAAUCUAUCUUCUUACGACUGGUGCUCGUGAGGCUGCUUUCAGAAACAUCAAAACAAUUGCAGAAUGCUUGGCUGAUGAACUUAUUAAUGCAGCGAAGGGUUCGUCCAACAGUUACGCAAUCAAGAAAAAGGAUGAGAUCGAGAGAGUUGCGAAGGCAAAUCGUUGAGAGGUUAUUUGUCAGGGUUCGUUUCAUGUGGUACGGCAAGAGUUUUCUGUUAUUUUUCUUGUCUGGCUACAUUCUUUUAAUGAACGCCAUAGUUUAAUCUACCGGUUUGAAUUCCUUAUGGGGACAAUUCAUAUCUAUUAGUUGACUUUAAACUUUUUGUCCUUUCAUUAAACCAAGCAGAUGGACGUGUUUCUUAAAUUUAAGGUGGUUUUCCAGAACUUUUGCUAAAAUGUAUGAUUUUGGUACUUGUCGUUA